UUACAGAUGAGCUGCCAUUAUUCGCACGCAGUUGGGUUGCCAUGGAAACAUAUGUUUAUUUUGACUUCUGAGGAGAGGAGCAAGUGUGCGCUGAGUUGCUGAGUUUUAAAACUUUUAGAAACAAUGAACCGCAAACAUAGUAAGGAUGAUGAGAUACCCUUGACGAUGACAAAGCCGUCAAUACUACAGGAAACCAGGGAGCGUUUUGAUACACUUCUCAAAGUUGCACUGAGCCAGGAAGAUACUACAGAAAAAUUUAAUGCUAAAGGAAGAAGAAAGUCAUCUCUGAAAGGUGCUUUUUUUAAGGAUGUGAAACCACAGAAAAGGAGGUCAAAGAAAAAUCUAAGCACAUCUACACAAAAAUUAGUAACCGAGGAUGAUCAAUCAGCGUCCAGUGAGCAAGACGAGCCAAAUCAGCAGAAUGAAACGUCAUUUGAUUCAAGUGAAGAAGCAAAAGAUUAUUCUCCUGUUUCUAGAUUAGACAAACUUCAAAUAGCUGAUAAAUCAGAAACAGGGAAUCUCUCUAAAACUAAAGUCUUGGUUCAUUCAAAUAAUGUGAUGCUUGACACUGCCAGCACAUCACCUAAAAAGCUAAAUAAUAUAUUUUACAAAAGAUCAUCCACAAGAGAUGAAUCAAGAGAAUCAAGGGACACCACAUCAAGUCGUGUGUCAAGUCCAGAUUCUGUUAUGACAGCAAUUGAAGCUGCAUCACCUAGCAAGAGUAUUCCAAGUACCUCACCUGAAAUGCUCCGUGUUAGAGAAAAUAAUAAGGUUGAAGAAUAUGAGUUAAAACCUUUGAAAGGUUUAUCUGCAUCAUAUGAAGAAAUUGAUGAAACUAGUUUUGAAAAAGAAGAUGAUGCCAAGAGUAAACAUGCAGUAAGAAGUAUGGAAAAUGCUGCAUCUUAUGAAGAGAUUUUGGAGGAUUCAAGAAGCCAUCUGGAAAAAAUUGAAACAGAUAGCAAUGAAGACCUGUCUCAAGAGUCUGAUCGACGGAUCAGAAGUAAGAAGAAUAGAAAAAAUAAACAGCAGGUAUCGCUUUCAAAUAGUAGAGCAAGAGGUGAUGAAAAUACAGACACUAGUUCAAAUGAUAAAAUGGCUAUUGAUAACAGGCAUCAGAAACGACAUGUCCCUCACACACGGAAAAGGAGAAAGUCAACUGCAAAUAAUGAAAAUUAUUCUCAUUCUGUUGCCCAAUAUAACUACGAAAAAAUUAUAGGCAUAACUGUACAUCGUUGUGAUACUUUGAAGAUUGACAGUUUCAUUCAACACCCAAUGGUUCGUGUUCACAUACUUGAUACAAAAACUGGAGUGUAUUUAAAAAAAAGUCAAUCAAGUCGAAAUGUGUCAUAUUUUCAAGAAAGUACAAAUGUAGAUUACAUUCAACCAUUAACAUGUCAACCCUGUAAAUUUCAAGACCCAAGGUCUUUGACUCCUAUAUGGGAGGAAACUCUACUUUUCAAUGAAGAUAUAAAACACAUAUUGCAGCCACAUUCUCCAAUAUUGAUCCUUUUUGAAGUUUUGGACUGUGUAUCUGUGGAUACUGCAAUGGCACAAUUUAAAAAAUUAGGCUCUGAAAGCGGAUGGCACAGAAUAGCAUGGGGAUUUUUGAAGCCCUGCGGUCCAAAUGAUACUUUCAACAUAGAUAAAAAGUUACGGUUACAGCUGUAUAAGCCUCGCUCUGAGAAAACACUGAGGGGUGAUCAGACUGGUUGUGAUAAAUGUGAUGUUUACCGAUGGUGGAGCAAGGGCGGCUGGAUCCAUUACCCAUCGACACUUCAUGUUACUGUCCACAGCCUCCCUAUACCAUCAAAUGUCACUCCAGCUUUAAGAUCAUACUUUGCUCUGCAGCCUGAACAAUUUCCAACGAGCCCCAAUGUUUCUGAUGAUGAUAAUGAUAAAGCUAGUAACAGCAUCAGAAUUACAAGUAGUCGCCUGAAUUCAACUAAAAGUCUUAAAGAUGAGGUGGUCUGGUCCCGCCUUCCUUUACAGUCUUGCAAAGUUCCAAAUGAAAAAGUUUUGGAUCUUCCUGGAGGAUUAAAUGGCAGCUUUUCCAUAAAAUAUAGCCACCAUGGCCUUUAUCUAGCCUCAACAGCAACCAACCAGACUAUACACAGCAUAAAUAUUUUUAGAAUAUUGGAUGGUACAGAGAUUGUACGGCUUCAAGGUCACCCAGCAUUAAUCUAUAGUUUAGAUUGGUCUUUAAAUGAUGAACUACUUCUAUCAGCUUCUGCUGACUGCACAGCUUGUAUUUGGUCAGUGAAAAGUAAGAAAACCUCGCCUUUGCAGAUGUUACCUCAUCCUUCAUUUGUUUACUGUGCUGUUUUCCUUACUACAAAGCCCUUGAGCCUGGCCACUGGAUGUUGUGACCAAAUUAUUCGGAUCUGGAGAGAAAACACUGAAUCAUCAUCUUUCGAGCUAAAACAAGAGAUAAAUGGACAUGAAGGCUAUGUGAGUACAUUGUGCGUAAAUUCAAAUGGGAAUCUUUUUUCUGGUGACAGUAAUGGACAAAUAAGAAUAUGGCAGUUUAACAAUGAAGGUUUUCUGAGCGAAAUAAGAGUUAUGAAUGUGCGAGAACUGAAGGGAGUAGUUUUGAGUCAUCUGGUUCUUCAUCCUGGAGGUAAACGAUUACUUGUGCUUGCCCGAGACAGUUUGCUGCGAAUGAUUGAUAUUGGCACUGGGGUUGCAAUUCAGUGGUUCAAAGGAGCCUUGAAUCACAGGAUUCACAGUAAAGCGUGCAUUACACCAUGCGGUGGAUUAGUAUUCUCACCAAGUGAGGAUGGCACAUUUUAUGUUUGGAAUGCAGACACAGGACAACUUAUUGCAUCUUACUCUGCAAUAUUUCAGGCCACACAUCAUAUAAGUUCUUAUAGGAAUUCAAGUCACAAGCCUGAAUCUUCAACAUUAAUAUUAGGUGGUGCUGUUGAUUACCACCCAUUUGAUCAUAUAGUGGCUUUCUCAGUCUAUGGCACACAUGCACCUGUUAUAAUGUGCAAAUACAACAGGGAAUCAUGUGGAAAAGAUAUUGGUCUACAAGCAGGGCAGCAAGAAGUUGAAAAAUCUGUAUCUUCGGAUGCAUUUGCCAAAUCUGCUCAAAUAGUUUCCCAGGUGCAAAAGGCUCAAGUAAAAUUAAAGGAAGCAUCAAACAGAAAUUUUUCAAGGCAUGGUACAUCAAUUUUUGCGUCCAGCCCUGAGUGUGAAGAUGAGGGACUAAGGAAAAAUCAACAUCUAUCUUACAUUAUUAAACAACUGGAUUAUGUUCUUCACCUUGGUAGGCUUUCUAAACAAGAACAGCUUGAUGUGAUAUCUCCUCAACCGGCAGCCGCACAUAGUCCAAGCAUUUCUCCUGAUUCUUCAUUACAAGUUGGCAGCAGCCCUAGUGUAACAAGAAUUCGUAAAGAGAAAAAUGACAUACAUAAAAACAAGACUGAGGAAGUUGGUUCUGAAGUUGCAUAUUCUGUAACUCAUUCAAAUACGACAGAGAGACCACAGGAAGGAUUGCUACUGGCCCUGUCAAAAGAAGAUAAACCAGCAUCUGAGGAUGUUCACUUUACCCCUACUGUUGAACUCCAAUACGUCCAGGAAAAACAACCUCCACGGCCUAUACCUCGUCAAAGAAAACUGAAGAACUUGCGUCCAAAUGGCAGACAACUAGCUCUUGCAGAUGUGUCAACAACCGAUACUUCAAUUCUUAGUUCAGAAAGUGAAGACACAAUUAAAACCAAUAAGCCAACAUCUGCACAACUUUUUAGUGUUAAUGAAAUUAAAGAUGUUCGGAGCUUUAAUCCUAAGGCUGACCCUACCAACAGAGUUCAAGUGGUUCAUCAUAAGACAGUAUAUUCUUCUUUUGAUUCGGACAGUGAAGCUCAUCUAGUGAAUCAAUAAUGUUUUAAAGAUAUAAAUAUUUUUUACUGAUUUUACCCUGAAUUCGACUUUUAGAAGAAUAUUGUUUUCUAGUCAUUAGGAAAAAAUAAAUAAACAAGAAAAUAAA